AUGAAAAAAGUUGUUCUGAUCAAGUUCAAAGGAAUUAAAAACCAACACAUGCCUUGUUGGUGGCCAACGAGAGCGAACGUUAUUACCAACGAUCGGUUUGCUUUGAUCUCGGUUCCUGUGAGGCUGAGGGGUUGGGAAGUGCGAUUGGCCCUCGAGCAGAAGAUGCAGCACGUCCUACGUGACAUAGUUACGUUGCAGCACAAGUUUGAGAUUGAACACAAGUACACUAUCUCGACACGCCGUUUCGCCCCGUGA